AUGGUUGCCAAGGGCUCAUACUCGGAAUCUUCAAAACUCUUUGAUGGACAGAAAGCCGGGACCUCUCUACUCCCGUCUCCUCAGAAGCAGCAGCAAGCACCCUCCUCUUCCUCCUCCUCCACUACCACCUCGUCUGCCUCUCUCCUGUCGGCCAUGCGAAGCAGAAACUCUCACUCUCUCCCACAAUACGCCGUGAAAGAUGUCCACAAAUCGGCCCACGACAAUUUGAUGCAGGAAAUCAGGGAUUUCAUUGCCACCCGGUGUAAAUUCGAUGGGCAGGCAACUACCGAUGAACUCUUGGGUCAUUUCUUGUCGCGGCUCCCUAAUUCAGACACGGCUACGUUUCGCUCCAUGCUGCACGAGAUAUGCGAUUUUUCUCGCGUUCACGGAGAGGGACGAUGGUUUUUGAAAUCACAAUUUAGGUAACAGUCACCAAGAUUAUCAUUGUUUUACUAUCAUUCAAUUGACCAUCACCAUAUCUCAUAAUAA